GAGCCUGAGGAAGAGGAGGAGGAGGAAUCCCGGGAUGAGGCCGCAUCCCAUGGAAGCUUCCGGAAUUCCGGGGAUUUUCCUGGACUGGCUGCGCACGGAAUUCCCAAUUCCCACCAGAAUUCCCGCAGAAUUCCCACCUGGAUCAGAGGAUUCCCGCAGAAUUCCCACCAGAAUUCCCACCAGAAUUCCCACCAGAAUUCCCGCAGAAUUCCCACCUGGAUCAGAGAAUUCCCAGCAUUAAUUCCCAGCAUUAAUUCCCGCAGAAUUCCCGCAGAAUUCCCACAGAAUUCCCGCAGAAUUCCCGCAGAAUUCCCAGAAUUCCCGCAUUCCCUGAUUCAUUCCCAGCUGGAUCUCCGGGUCCCCGUUGGGCUCCCGGGCCCGGGGGCUCCGCGCUCGCGCUCCAUGAUGGAGACCCGGCUCCGACGGCUGGCGCUGGCGCUGCUGGAGGCGAGCGCGGAGCCUCAGCCCGAGGUGCAGCAGCAGCUGAGGGAGGCCCUGAGCGGCCUCGGGGCUGCUGAUCCUGAGGAGCUCCUGCAGGUCUGCGGGGACUUCCUGAGGAACCACGACAAGCUGCCGGCGCCGCAGCGGGCGCUGAUUUUGGGCUCGAUGGGCGCCGUGGUUCGGAGCCACCUCGGGGAGCUGGGCAGGGGCGCGGCCAACGAUGCCAUCGCCCUGGGGGCACAGGAGAUCAGCAGGGCCAGGGUGAGAAAAAUUCCCAAAAUUCCCAAAAUCCCAAAUUCCCAAAUUCUCAAAAUCCCUAAAUUCCCAAAUUCCCAAAUUCCCAAUCCCAACGAUGCCAUCGCCCUGGGGGCACAGGAGAUCAGCAGGGCCAGG